UCAAGCGGCUGUCAACAGAGAUGGCGCUGCGCGAAGGAGCCCUGCGUUUAAACCUGCUAGCCAGCAGCCGUAAUUGGUACAAAUUCAGCUCAUUUAUUAGUGUCCGACAGUUGUCUGAAAAAGUGUCAUCUAAACCCGAGUCUACCAGCUCCUCAGAGACUGUGGCUGACCAUUUAAUCUACACACAAGAGCACUUUGCAUUGAAGGAGUCCCUCAGAAAGAUCAUCGACCAGGAAAUCAACCCUCAUGUGGAUCAGUGGGAAGCUGAGGGGAAGUUUCCAGCCCAUAAAGUCUUCAAGAUCUUAGGAAGUGCCGGUUUUCUUGGAGUCAACAAACCAGUUGAGUAUGGAGGCCUGGGCCUGGACUUCAGCUACAGCGUGGCUGUGUCAGAGGAGCUGGGGAACAUCCGCUGUGGAGGCGUCCCAAUGGCAAUUGGUGUACAGACUGACAUGGCUACUCCUGCACUAGCCAGGUUUGGUUCAGCUGAGUUAAAGGAGGAAUUCCUCCUUCCCUCCAUCAUGGGAGACAAAGUGGCCUGCCUCGGUGUGAGCGAAGUUGGAGCCGGCUCUGAUGUCUCAAGCAUCAUUACUAAGGCUGUGAAAAAAGGGGAUGAAUAUGUGAUCAACGGGGGGAAGAUGUGGACUACAAACGGGACCCAGGCUGAUUGGAUGUGUCUCCUCGCCAACACCAGUGACGGGCCUCCACACAGGAAUAAAUCUCUCAUCUGUCUGCCCAUGAACCUGCCCGGUGUACACAUCGCACGCAAGAUUGAUAAAAUGGGUAUGUGGUCCUCGGACACAGCGCAAGUGUUCUUCGAUGACGUCCGUGUUCCCUGCAAGAACAUCAUCGGCCAGGAAGGCAUGGGCUUCACCUAUCAGAUGCUUCAGUUCCAGGAAGAGAGGCUGUGGGCUGUGGCUAAUAUCAUCACCACAUUGGACAUCACUAUUCAGGAAACCAUCCAGUACACACGGCAGAGGAAGAUCUUCAAGCAGCCCGUCCUCUACCACCAGACGGUUCACUUCAGGUUGGCAGAACUGCAGACGGAGGUUGAGCUGCUGCGCUCCCUCCUCUACCGUGCAACAGCGUUGUACAUUAAAGGCAAUGAUAUGACCAAGCUGGCGUCCAUGGCCAAAUUAAAGGCAGGACGCUUGGCAAGGGAGCUGAGUGACAGCUGUCUGCAGUUCUGGGGAGGAAUGGGCUUCACCAAUGAAGUGCUGGUCAGCAGAGUCUAUAGAGAUUCCAGGUUAUUGUCUAUUGGUGGAGGCGCUGAUGAGGUCAUGCUGGGAAUCAUCGCCAAAUACAUGGACACGCUCCCCAGGAAGUGAUGUCAUCAACUCCACUGAUAAAGUGCUGAUUGUUCUCAGUGACCUGCUGAGUACAGAUCAGUCCUGAUAUCUUUAAACUGAUUGCCUUUGAUUGUUUUAACUGUUCUGUAAGAGAACAUAAAGACACGCUAACCUCAAAACACAGAAAUAAUGGAAGUCUGAUGUUUAGUUUUUAUUAUCUUAUAAAUGUGAAUAUCUUCUUGACAAACUUUGCAAUAUAAAUUAUAAUACAUCAAUUAGAAGAAUUUUUGUCCAGGAAAGUCUGAACCAUUUUUGUUGCCAAGACUGAAGAAAAUAAUGUGCAUUAAAAUAACUUGUGUAAAUAAAUAUCACCUGAAUUCUCA